AUGAUUUGCACUCAGAAAUUUAUUGAUACUGAAGCUCAAACGUCUGCACCCGGCAACGGCAAAGCACCCGGCAACGGCAAAGCACCCGGCAACGGCAAAGCACCCGGCAACGGCAAAGCACCCGGCAACGGCAAAGCACCCGGCAACGGCAAAGCACCCGGCAACGGCAAAGCACCCGGCAACGGCAAAGCACCCGGCAACGGCAAAGCACCCGGCAACGGCAAAGCACCCGGCAACGGCAAAGCACCCGGCAACGGCAAAGCACCCGGCAACGGCAAAGCACCCGGCAACGGCAAAGCACCCGGCAACGGCAAAGCACCCGGCAACGGCAAAGCACCCGGCAACGGCAAAGCACCCGGCAACGGCAAAGCACCCGGCAACGGCAAAGCACCCGUCAACGGCAAAGCACCCGUCAACGGCAAAGCACCCGUCAACGGCAAAGCACCCGUCAACGGCAAAGCACCCGUCAACGGCAAAGCACCCGUCAACGGCAAAGCACCCGUCAACGGCAAAGCACCCGUCAACGGCAAAGCACCCGUCAACGGCAAAGCACCCGUCAACGGCAAAGCACCCGUCAACGGCAAAGCACCCGUCAACGGCAAAGCACCCGUCAACGGCAAAGCACCCGUCAACGGCAAAGCACCCGUCAACGGCAAAGCACCCGUCAACGGCAAAGCACCCGUCAACGGCAAAGCACCCGUCAACGGCAAAGCACCCGUCAACUAUGACUGCACCAGUGAAGACAUUGUAAAUGGGCCCAAUUUCAUGGCUUCUUCUGGUGAUGAGGGUGAAGUGAGCGAGACCACUGACACGGUCUAG